CACAGGCCUUAAAAUAUGCUUUUCUCCCCCAUGAUCUCUCUCUCUAAUAGAGCAGGGUAGUGGUAGUAGUGGUAUUUACUGGCUUAUGAGUGAACUCAUGACGCACUGCAACAGCAGUUAAUGAAACCGUUUUUUUACCGGUUUCUAUUCUAAAACCAUGUAUAGAGACGGAGUGCUGCACAAGAAGAACAGAAAAGACUUUCUACCUUAUUUUCUAGGACUAGUUUUAGUUUUCUAUUGCACGGUUCAUCUUGUGUCUUUCACUGCAGCAGCAGCUCAGGAGGACUCCCAUUCCAACAGAGUGCGCCGGGCGCUGGAGAAUGAGACAGAGUGUAUUACAACGCAGUCGUCUGAGUUUCCAGAGGGGUUCUUCACACUACAGGAGAGGAAGGAUGGAGGACUCCUCAUACACUUUAUGAUCAUAUUUUACAUGCUGCUGGCAGUUGCUAUAGUCUGUGAUGACUACUUCCUACCUUCUCUAGAACUUAUCAGUGACCGUCUGGGUCUAUCUCAGGACGUAGCAGGAGCCACCUUUAUGGCGGCAGGCAGCUCUGCUCCUGAAAUGGUCACUGCCUUUCUGGGUGUGUUUGUGACAAAGGGAGACAUCGGUGUGAGCACCAUCGUAGGAUCAGCUGUCUACAACCUCCUGGGGAUCUGUGCUGCUUGUGGACUCCUGACCAAAGUGGUGGGUCGUCUGACCUGUUGGCCUCUGUUCAGGGACUGUCUAGCUUACGCCAUCUCUAUCUCUGCUGUUAUAGCCAUCAUUUCAGAUAACAAAGUCUACUGGUAUGAUGCAGCCUGUCUGUUGCUGGUCUAUGGGGUGUACAUCGUAGUGUUGUGUUUUGACCUGAGGAUCAGUGAGUGUGUUCUGAGGAGGUUCAGCCCCUGCUGUACUUGCCUGGGGAAAGGUUCCGGGGAUCACAGCGAGACACAGCCAUUGGUUGACACCACUCUGAGGGUCCACAGACGUUCUAGAAGCGACAGCGGAAUCUUCCAGGAUGAUUCAGGAUACUCACACAUUUCCCUCAGUCUGCACGGCCUGAAUGAGAUACCAGAGGACCACAAGAGUGUGUUCUCAAUGCCAGAGAACGACCUGAAGCGAAUCCUGUGGGUGCUGUCCCUCCCGGCCAUCGUGAUUCUCUACCUGACGAUUCCAGACUGCAGGAGACGGUUCUGGAAAAAAUGGUUCAUGUUCACCUUCUUUAUGUCCGCUGUCUGGAUCUCAGCCUUCACAUACGUACUGGUCUGGAUGGUCACUAUCGUAGGAGAGACUCUGGGUAUCCCAGACACAGUGAUGGGCCUGACUCUGUUAGCUGCAGGGACCAGUAUACCAGACACAGUGGCUAGUGUCAUGGUUGCCAGAGAAGGUAAAGCCGAUAUGGCCAUGUCCAACAUCGUGGGUUCUAAUGUUUUUGACAUGCUGUGUCUGGGUCUUCCCUGGUUCAUUAAGACAGUGUUUGUGGACACGGUCAACCCUGUGGAGGUCAACAGCACCGGUCUGGUUUUCAUCUCCGCCACUCUCCUCCUCUCCAUCGUCUUUCUCUUCGUGGCGGUCCAUAUAAACGGCUGGAAGCUGGACUGGAAGCUGGGGAUCGUCUCUCUGUUCUGCUAUGUUGUUUUUGCCACUCUGGCCAUCCUCUACGAACUGGGCAUCAUAGGGAACAACCCUGUCAGACUGUGCGGCGACUGAUACACUGAUAAACACACAGAGACGUACAACAACACACACAGCGCUGCUGCAGGCCGCACUCAUCAGACUGUGUAGUGUCUGAGUGGCAGCGAUGGAGUCCACACUGCAGCCCUCCCCAGAACCAGACCACCCAGAAACCAACCUCUUUGACACUCAGACCAUUUAUACAGAACCCAGAUACAGGGCAGAUUCACAGAGUACUGAUAUAGGAUCAGGUCCACCCUGUCCACGUCCUCUUAUUCAUUAUGAUCUAAAUCAGUGGAAUUCGAAGUCGGGUCGCGACCCCACUAGCAGUUGGGUUUGUGGACAGAUUAGGAGUGUUGGAUCACCAAAUUCAAAUACAUUUUUUUUUUUUACAAAAAAAAUAACAGUACAAAUUAUUGUAUGGGACACUAUACAAACAUUUUUGAGAAAAAUAAAAUUGUAUAGAGUAAAUGUA